AUGGUGUGCCAGAGUACUGCCGAAGCGAUGUAUAAAUGUAUCUGUAGCACCCGGGAGACGGUCUGUUUUGCUGAGGCGUCACAGAAGGAAGAGUAGCGGAAGACGACAUGAUUUUAACAUUGUGGCCUAUACUGGACUAUAUAUUAAUCGUAUUUCACGGAUGGAUUUUGAUUGUUUCACCGUCGUUUCGGUUUGGAGUCGCACCACGUUGGAAAAACUGCUUAGUAUAAUUCAAUGUGAAGUUACCUCCAGUGGCGGCCAUUUUGUAAACCGUGAGACAGUUCCCUUCCAGCUAGGUGAAGUAACUCCCUGUGGCGGCCAUUUUGUAAACCAUGAGACAUUGGCCUUCCAGCCAGGUGAAGUAACAUAGAGCGGCGGCCAUUUUGUAAACCAUGAGACGUUGGCCUUCCAGCCAGGUGAAGUAAUGUCCAGUGGCGGCCAUUUUGUGAACCAUGAGACGUUGGCCUUCCAGCUAGGUGAAGUAACUCCCUGUGGUGGCCAUUUUGUAAACCAUGAGACGUUGACCUUCCAGCCAGGUGACGUAACAUCCUGCGGUGGCCAUUUUGUAAACCAUGAGACGUUGGCCUUCCAGCCAGCCAUGUCCUGUGGCGGCCAUGUUGUAACCAUCAGGUGGAGUUACGACUACGUACAUACGGUCAGAGAAAUGUAUAUGGAUGCCGCAUGGAGCGCUGAAUCAUAUGGUGAUGCCAUACUGGACGUGGGAAGAGCAAACUGAGAAGAUGCCUCAUUCAUGUUCUGCAUGGAAUUGUACCAACCGGUUUACAGUCCAAGCCAGAUCCAAUGGGAUUACCUUUCACAGGUUUCCCAAAAAUAAAGAACUGAGAAAGCGGUGGCAAACAGCUGCCAAACGGGAGGAGAUCUCGGCGAGUCCAUCAUUCAUGCUCUGCAGUGAACACUUCAGACCGGAGGACUUUGACAGGACAGGUCAGACGGUCCGGAUAAGAGAUGGGGCUGUUCCUUCAGUAUUCAGUUUCCCAGCUCAUCUCCGAAAGGGCCCAUCCUUACCUGUGGCAACCAGCGUGUCUCAGACCUCACAAAAGAUGGCAUGUAAAACUCCGCCACUGGACUCUUCCCAAUCUGUCCAGGAGACCAAGUCCCUGCCUAUACCCAGUGCUGACCACGCCUAUGCUCUGCCUUCAACACAUGAUCUGAGGGCCAGACUCAUGAAGGCCUUGGAUAGGGUGGAGAGACUGGAACGAGAGUUGAGGAACGUGAAGGACAGAGAGAGGAGGGCAAAGAACACCGUGAGUGGUCUUCUGGAGGACCUUAGGGUGAAGAAACUAAUAAAUGAAGAAUUGAAGGAGCAGCUUGAUAUAUACUCAGACCUUCCAACACAUCUCCUGUCAAAGCAGAGUCAUGAAUACACCAAAGACCAGAAGGAUUUUGCCAUCACUCUUCACUCACAUGGUCCGAAGGCAUACAGUUAUCUGAGAGAGACUCUCAAUAUCAACCUCCCACAUCCACAUACAUUGCAAAGAUGGAUGACCUCAAAAGAUGCUAAAGGCGAUGACGUGAUGCCGCAAGAUGCGUUGACGUGAAGACCAGAGGAAGACCCUUUUUUUUGUAUGGUGUCGCAUUCAGGAUACAAUUGGGAAUUGACAACCGCCAUUUUGUGCUGAUGUCACAGCUUAUUUCCCACAAAGUGAGCUGUGCAAGGUCAUCCACCUCGAAGGUGAAGUAACCUCCCGUGGUGGCCAUUUUGUAAAUGAUCAGAUGUUGGCCUUCCAACAAGGUGAACUAGCUUCCCGCAGUGGCCAUUUUGUAACCCAUCAGAUGUUGGCCUUCCAACCAGGUUAACCACCACCUCGAUGGCACCGAACUUCAAACUAAUAUUUGAUUUGUUGGCAUUUAACAACUUUUUUCAAUUUUAAAUAAAUUUCUAUUUUUGAUAUUUUAAAAAUUGAAUAAAAUUACUUGAACCCUGAUUGUUUGUUAUAUUUUA